GCCCGGUGUUGGGAAAAAACCGGGGGAGCGGAGAUGAAGAUGGAGGUGGGAGGGGCCUGGCACCGCUGACGUCACCGGCUGUGUGGAGGAGUAUAGGCUGUGCUGUCAGCCCAGUGUCAGUCUGAUGAAGAUUGGCAUGCAGCUGGCCUACAGUGGACAUUUGGAUACUGGCCCACGGACCACACAACAAAACUGAAAGCUGCUAUACUGCUGUGGGCAAUCUAACUUCUCGAUGUGAAGGUGUCCCAUAAUGCAACAUGUGUCCCCAGCACCUGCAGUGACAAUGAUGGCCACCCAGAGCGUUCCUCCACCAUCGUACCAGGAGAGCCAACAGAUGACGGGCACCACUCAGCAGAACGCCAAGACCCCACAGGUCCAUAUCCCAGCAGCCUCUGCAGCAGGAAACACCUCUGUCAGUGUGACCCUUGACCCCCAGGCCCAGCUUGAGUCUGACAAGAGGGCCGUUUACAGUCAUUUUCAAAGACAUCCAUUGUUCCCCCUGUUGGCGUUGUUGUUCGAGAAAUGUGAGCAGGCCACGCAGGGAUCAGAAUGCAUCACAUCGGCAAGCUUUGACGUGGACAUUGAGAACUUCGUGCACCAGCAGGAGCGAGAACACAAGCCCUUCUUCAGCGAAGAUCCAGAGCUGGACAACUUGAUGGUAAAGGCCAUCCAGGUGUUGCGGAUCCACCUGCUGGAGUUAGAGAAGGUCAAUGAGCUCUGUAAGGAUUUCUGCAACCGUUACAUCACUUGCCUCAAGACCAAGAUGCACAGCGACAACCUCCUCCGCAACGACCUCGGAGGACCGUAUUCUCCGUCGCACACCAGUCUCAGCAUGCAGCAGGAACUAAUUCAGACCUCCUCUCCAUCCAUGACCUCUGUCUCCAGCUCUGUUAACCCGUCAGGGAUCGUGGUGCCCGCCGGGGGGCUCCAACAGAGUAACGUCGCCAUGACUACCAUCAACUCUCAAGUGGUAUCAGGUGGGACCCUGUACCAGCCGGUUGCCAUGGUGACAUCGCAAGGGCAAGUGUUAACGCAGGCACUGCCGCCGGGAACCAUCCAGAUCCAGAACUCGCAGGUAAAUGUGGACCUGUCGUCCUUGUUGGACAGCGAAGACAAGAAGUCCAAGAAUAAGAGGGGUGUCCUGCCCAAGCACGCCACCAACAUCAUGCGCUCCUGGCUCUUCCAGCAUCUCAUGCAUCCAUAUCCCACAGAAGAUGAGAAGAGGCAGAUUGCAGCACAAACGAAUCUCACCCUUUUGCAAGUAAACAACUGGUUCAUCAACGCUCGCAGGCGUAUCCUCCAGCCCAUGUUGGAUGCCAGUAAUCCUGACCCAGCUCCCAAAGCAAAGAAGAUGAAGUCCCAGCACCGCCCGACGCAGCGCUUCUGGCCUGACUCCAUCGUGGCUGGUGUCUUGCAGACGCACAGAUCUCAGACAGGAAACAACUCAGACAACCCGCUGAGCAUGGACAGCCUCCAGUCGCUGUCCUCGGAUUCGGCCACCCUGGCCAUGCAGCAGGCCAUGCUGGGAGCCGACGACUCCAUGGACGGCACGGAGGAGGAGGACGAGGAGGAGGAGGAGGAGGAGGAAGAGGAGGAAGGGAUGGAGGAGGAGGAGGAGGAGGAGGACGGGGAGGAGGAGCACGACAGGGGGCGGCAGCUGUCCAGCAGGGGCGGCGGGAGGAGAGACCUGAGCAUGGAGCACAGAGAGGAGCUGGACCCGGACGCCAGCUGGAGAUUCGAUCGGCAGCGGCUCCAGGUGCAGGAGGAGGUGAUGGAGCCGCAGCAGAGUCGGGGUCAUCGGUCUGGCCUUGGUGGACUUGCGGGGACAGAAGGAGAUCCGGCGGUGGAGGGAACGGGAGGUGACGGAGCCACGGCCACGGAGGUGGACGUACGGAUGUCAAGUGUGGUGUUCAAGAUGUCCAUUGCCCAGGCAGCGGCCAAGGCCAUGCUAUCUGAUGCCCUGCUGCAGGACAGCUCCGGGAUACACCGGAUCACCCACUUGGAACUAGAGCUUCCCUUGGACAAGGUCAUCAAAUUUGUUUCCGUCGGCCUUCCGCUGUUGCUGGUGUGCAUGGCCUUCGCCCGCGAGAUCUCGCUGGGGCCCCAGAUCAGCUGUUUCCCUCCCAGCAAUUUCACCAUCAAGCAGGCCAGCUAUGUGGACACGUACUGCUGGGACUCUCUCAUGCAUCACGAGUUUGACAGCGAGGGGAACUUUGAGGAGCGCUCCCUCUGGGUACACAAAAUGUUCCCUUACUCUCUUCUGGCCAUGGCCGUGCUCAUGUACCUGCCAGCUCUGAUCUGGCGCCAGCUCGUCAUGCCCACACUGGGCUCUGACCUGCUCUUCAUAAUUGACGAACUAGACAAGUCGUACAACCGCUCCAUCCGAUUGGCCCAGAGCAUUCUGGACAUGCGCCAGAACACUCAGAACCCUCUCACAUUUCAGGCUGAACUGCAGAGGGCCAAGAAGAAGCGGUACUUUGAGUACCCCCUCCUGGAGAGAUACAUGCAGUGCAAACAAAACUCCUACUUCCUCGUCAGCAUGCUUUUCUUGCGGGGCUUCCUCCUCCUGACCUUCAUGAGUGCCGCCUGCCUUUACCUGGCCUACUUCCACCUCUCCGCCUUCCUGCAGGAUGAGUUCAGCUGCUUCGUCCGUACGGGUAUGCUGCGCGACCAGAACUGGGUCCCGGAGCUGGUUCAGUGUAAAAUGAUCGGCCAGCUGGUCUUUCAGGUGAUAAGCGUGGCCAACGGCGCCAUCUACGUCCUGCUGGCGCCCAUCGUCCUCUUCAGCCUCAUCCGACUCUUCGUCUGGGACACCACCUUCUUCUCCGUCUACGAGGUCCUCCCAGCGCUGGACCUCCUCAACCGCCGCCGGCUGGGCUGCCCGCUGAACGACCUCAACGUCCUGCUGCUCUUCUUGCGCGCCAACGUGGCCCACCUGAAGUCCUACGGGCAGGUGAGGGCUUUGUGCUCGUUGGCGCCGCCGCAAGUGGGCAACGCCACCGCGGGGCAAGGACUAAGCGCAAUGCUGACCCAGGAGGAGAUGGAGGAGCGGGAGGAGGCCGCGAUGGAGCUCAGGGAGGAGGUGGAGGAGGCCAAGGAGGAAGGGAAACUCAACUUGGUGGACAUCAUGACUAUUCUGGGAGCGGCGCAGGGACGAGUCGUUAACUGCAGCGAGAAGAGGCCCCUGGUGGAGGAGAAUAUGAGUCUGGGUACCACAACACUGAUCUACACACUCAAACGCAUUCUGCUAGUGGCUAUUUUCGUCUACAUCAUUUGGGAUGUACAGAAAAUUAUUAAGUGACAUCCGCACUAUUGAUACAGGUUCUGAAAAAAAAAUUAUAGCGAGUGCUUUAUGCUGUAUAUAAAGUAACACUGGCAGUGCUCACUGAAUACAGAAUGAUGCCAUAGCCGAGGGGACAAUAUAAAGAGGUUUGAGGAGCAUUUGCAACUAUAGGCAGUGAAUUCAGAUUAAAAUAUUUCCUAUGCAUUGUUUUUAACUGUAUUUCUUUUCUUCGUCUGUAUAAAAAAAACGAAAAAAAAAACUGAAGCACCUAUAUUUCUAAAAGAGCCCUUUAAAAACAGUGGCUAAUGUAGAAGAGAUGGAUUUGUGGUACUUCCUAGACCUAACUGCCCUCUCUAUCUCUUCACAGAGCCAAACCACCAGGGGUACCAUGAGUUGAAGGAGGCUGCACCAUUUAGUCAUUACUAGGCAUCCUAUGGACUGAAUCAAUGUGAUAACAACAAUGGGGUAGUGGGCACUGCACUGUAUCUACUCUAUACAGUUUUCAGUCAUACACAGUUUUUCAUCGCGGUAUGAGUGGACACCGGGUCACCCAGGGUCACCGUGUAAAGAAAAAAAAAAUAAAAAUAAAGGCCUCUUUUAGAAUUGCUGGGUAAACCGUUUUGGCUGGGACAAAUGUUAGUGGGUCAGGAUUUGUCUGUUUUCAGCUGUUGGGCAUCCGUAGCUGACACAAAACAUUCUUCAUGUCUCCCAGUGAUGUUAUUUAAAGACUCAAAGACUGGUCACAAGAAGGCAACAUUCAGAAAUGAGACAGUGUUACUAGUGUAUGCCAAUCCACAAAACAAAAAAAGACGGAUGUUCAGUGACAACUAUGGAUCCUAGUCAGUAAUUUUCUGUGACUUCCAUUGUAUAUGAUUAUGAUAAGAGGUAAGGUCACUGAUCAUUGUAAUUUAUAUCUAUCUAUGGAUAUUUUUUUGGUUUUGUUUCCUUUAUAUUAUUAUUUUCCUGGAAUUCCAUGUGCUUGUAUUUUCAAUAAAUUCCAUUUACUUAUGUAAUGUUCUCGUUAUUAAAACCCAGAAGGCUACAGUUGUACAGCUACACCGAUCACGCACAACAUUAUGACCACCUCCCUAAUAUUGCGUAGGUGUCUUCAAACUAGUUGCAACUCAGGAUAGAAUUGACCUGGGUCUUCUGAGGUUGUCCUUUUGUGUCUGGCAAAAGAUGGUUGAUAUUGAGCACCUUUGGGUGCGCUGUGUUGAGGGGAGGGGCCUCUGUGGAUCAGACUUGUUCCAGUUCAUCCCACAGAUACUUGAUCAGUUUGGGCUCUAGUGAAUCUGGAGGUCAGCUCAACACCUUGUGCUGUUUUUCAUGUUUUCUGAGUUGUUCCUAAACCAUUUUUGUGGCUGCUGCCAUCAAUGAGUGUCAUUGCUAUGGGGUGGGGGUGCCUGGUCUGGUCUAGGGGGGUGGAACAUGUAAGUAGCAUCCACAAUCAUCACAGGUCCAUAGGUUUCCCAGCAGAACAUUAAAUUGAAAUGAUCAAUGUUAUUUACUUCUCCUGUCAGUGGUCAUAAUGUUAUGCCUGAUCGGUGUACAUGACAUUCAAAUCUGUGACAAACAAGCUUCCAUUGUAGCAUAUAAGGAGGUUAAUCUGAACCAACAUACGUCUCUGUUAUGCUGGUUUUAUUUUCACAACAUUUUCCUGUGAUAUUUCUGUAACAGUCUCAUUAAGUUCAACAUGAAUUACUUCAUGAUCAUUCUACUGUUCUCAUUCAUGUACAGUUUAUUUUUAUCAUUGCUUGAGUUGUCACUGGCAUCAUAGUUAUAUUCACAAGUAUCAAGUCUCUUGAGUAUAUUUUUUAUUGUGUCCUGAUUUAUUAAAGAUCGUCUUUUAUCUCCUGUUCAUUGUAUGUUCACAUUUAGGAAGUGAGGAGCACUGCAGCAGUACAUGACACAGCUAUAAUCUCGUCAUUGGCUGGACUGCUUGUAAGUCUAUGUGGUAUAUAAUAAAUAAUAUAUAACUUUUUGCCUGUCAAACUUGUGUCACCACGUGCGUCUGUUCUGCUUAAUAAACCCAGAAUCAGUGCUGUGUAGAGAAUUGUC